AUGGAAAACCACGCCACCCACUCCAAGCAGGCCACAGUGCUCCGGUCAUACUCCACGAGCACCUACUGUCGGGAGGGCUUUGUGGAGUGGAUGUGGGGAUGGCUGGCCCGUAAACACCAGUUGGUGCUGCAUUCACACUCCCGUCUACAAAUGGGUCAGUGCUGGCCCUUCGAAGGAGACAAGGGCCAGCUCCAUGUGCAACUGGCUCAGAGGAUCCACAUCUCCCACAUCACUCUGGGACACAUCACACCGAUGCAGUCACCCUUUGGAGAAACAACCACUGCACCCAAGAACUUCUCCGUCUAUGGAAUGAAGACUCCUGAUGGAGAAGAAAAACUUCUUGGAAGGUUUUUCUAUGACAAUCAGGGCUCAUCCUUCCAAACGUUCGUUCUCCCAGAGCAGAGCUCAGAGGGGUUUGCCCAUGUGCGCCUGAAGGUGGAGACCAACUGGGGGAACACAGAGUACACCUGUGUGUAUAACUUCAGGGUGCAUGGGACCCCCUCAGAAAGAACGGUCCACAUCGAGGUCCGUUCUAACCUCUGUCCACAGCAGGGAUCUACAGAAGGGGUCCACAGCAGGGGUCUACAGGAGGGGUCCACAGCAGGGGUCUACAGGAGGGGUCCACAGCAGGGAUCUACAGGAGGGGUCCACAGCAGGGAUCUACAGAAGGGGUCCACAGCAGGGAUCUACAGGAGGGGUCCACAGCAGGGGUCUACAGGAGGGGUCCACAGCAGGGGUCUACAGGAGGGGUCCACAGCAGGGGUCUACAGCAGGGGUCCCCAACAGGCCGUGGCAGAGGCGCCCUCCUGUGGCCAGGUUCUGCCAGAGACUGUGGUUUGGUGUGUAAGGAGGGGGGAGUUCCUGUUGCGAUGGGAGGCCGCUGUAGCCUCCUACUCCAUCGCUGUGACGGACACGCGACUGUGGAGACCUGAGCGCGAGAGGGGGGGUGAGGCCACUACCAUGAGAAGGGGGUUGGGGGUGAGCCACUAUUCUGUGGUGGGGGAAGAGAGGGUGUGUGUGUUCCUCUGGCGAGACAGUUCCAGUGUCCUGGGAGACCAGUGUGUCCCCGCAGAUUGCGAGAGGAUCGCCUCGACUCCUGACGAGUGGGGUGAUGGACGGGAGCUGUUCCAAUGGGGUGGUACGGACGAAGCGUCUGCUCCAGGACAGACUGCAGGGCUACGAGUUCCCCUGAGUUGGGAGGGGGGCAGUGUGCUGCACCCAGGCCGGGGGCCUGGCGCUCGCGAUGGGCAGACAGACUGUGUGGACGUCUAA